AAGAAUGUUAUUUUGAAACAGAGUUUCAGGACUAAGAACCGAUUCCUCGUUGCACAAACUCCAUUAUCAAAUACCGUUGAGGAUUUUCUUACGGUGAUUGUGCAGGAAAAGGUAUCUUGUAUUGUUGCCCUGGAACCAAAUUUGAACGGAAAUAAAACAGUCGGCACUUACUAUCCUGAUCACACUCAACCACUUAAAGUCGGAUCCUGUACUGUUCAGUCUGAACAGGAAGAAUGCACGGAUCAGUAUGUACAGAGGAAGCUAAAAAUAUUGCAUCAAGGAAAAUCAAGAAUGCAAGAAGUUACAGUCACACAUAUUCAAUUUACAAAAUGGAUUGAAAGGCAGAAAACUCCAGACGACCCAAAGAUGUUCAUGCGUUUUGUGAAAGAUGUAGAAGAGAAGUGCGACGCAGAUAACAAGGAAAGACCCAUUUUGGUUCAUUGUUUGACUGGUGCUGAGAAGAGUGGACUUUUCUGUGUUGUUUCCAUACUUUUGGAGAAAAUACAACUUGAGCAAGAAAUAAGCGUGGUGAACACAGUGCGUCAAGUCAAGAACAGGCGGCACAAGUCUAUACCUAAUAAAGAGCAGUAUAUUUUCUGCCACCAGUGUUUAGACGAGUAUCUACAUACUUUUGAUACAUACGCAAAUUUUUGCCUUGAGAGGUAGUGAUUCUUCAGAAUUGAACUCAGAGACGUGUAUAUAAAACACUGAAAUAUUGUAACACUUUUGUAUAUAUGGACCGGCUUUGUUUAAGGACUUGAAUCAUAUAGCGAUAAUGUAAUGGUGAUAAUAUGCUACAUAUAGAAGAGGGGCUACGAAAGAAAACCAUAGAGAACAGGCGAAUAUAUGCUAGAUGUUUUCAAGAAUGUACAUAAUAUGUUUAUAUCUCGUGUUACAAUCGAAGUGAUGUAUCUAAAACAAUGACUUUCACUAGUGAAUAUAAUCAUGGUCUUUCACAUGCAUAUUAUUACAUCACACGAUCUGCGCACUUCGCAUCUGAACUCCAAACAAUAACUUUCUUUAGCUACAAAAUUACGGUUUGGGAUAUUUUAUUUCAUAAAUUACACAUUUCAUGCUGAAGAGGACCAUAUGUAUAAUUUUAUGCUAUACACACAAAAGGAGUCAAUAUUGGACAAUUAUGGAAAAUAAGAGAGAAAGAGUAAACACAAACGACUUUUGUGAUGUAAUACACUUACUGAUAUCGUUAAUGAAAUGUAAAUAUGUUGAGUGAAAACAGUUGCUGUAUUAUAAAUAUAUAUUAAUUCUGUCUGAGGUUUUGGUUUUGUAUUUGUAGGAAAGUGACGUUGUAAAUAGUAAAAUGUAUGUGUUUUAACAUGUCAUGUCAUACAUUUCGUACACAUAAUAUUUGUCAUAGUUAUUUGCGUCGAAAACUGUAUUUUGUGUACUUUAUUUGGUGAUGUUACUAAAACACUUUUUAUAUGCAUAUACAGGUAUCUACCGUGCUCCUGUAGUUAUAUAGCAUCAUAGCUAGUAAGGUUAACUGUAAUCAAUUACCGACUGUCUGUGGGAUUUUUAUCGAAAAAAGUAUUUUGGCUUCAACAUAUUGUAAAAAAAAAGAAUCUGGCUCCCAAUUCGCUGACAAAAACUUUUCCGGUUCUGGGUCAAAAUGAAAAAGAACAAUUCUAUUACUGUGCUCGCCAUUUUUCUUCGCUUUUAAACUGCUUUCAAUAACUUAUGACUGAUUGUUUCCUUUUCGUUUACAUGAGUAUAAACAACAUUAUGACUUCCUUCAAAUUGACGAGUCCCGCUGGCGAUUUUUGAAUGAUUUGCAUCCGUGUAAACGCGUAACAUUCAGUUCUUAUAUUUACAAUUCAAUAGUCGCUUACUGCAAAGAUAUGAGGUUUCCUUAAAAAAUGUGAAACAAUCAUGAUAGAUAUUCUUCUAUCGAUUUUUAUACAAGUAGCUCAAACAGCCAGAAAGAUCCGUCUUCGUUAAAUUGCAUUUUUCCUCAGAUAAAAAAAAAUCAAGAAUAUGUUUAUACCCAAUCAAAAAUAAUUAAAAAAACUGGUUCAGAUUUAAUCUUUACCGUGAACUUUUGGUAACAACUAAAUGUAAUUUUUAAUUUGUUAUUGUCGAUUUUCAAAACAAUUUUGAACGACGCCACUUUGAUUUGAUCUCGCGAAAGGGUCACCCGUGACACUGUUGCACCAGUGUUGUUUUAAGAAAGAAAACCCUAUUUUCAUUAUAUUAAAAUGCACAAUAAACAUACAUGUAACUACAUAUCUUUACAUAACACUAUUUUUUCAUUAUUUAUAAACACUGCAGAAUAAGAGUGCAAGUUCGAUUAGAAGUGUUAAAGUUAUAUUAUAUAA